GGUGAAAUGGAUUCGACACAUUAAUCAUGAAAGUAUAUAUAUAUAUCGGUGGCAUCUAUUCAAUGCUUCAUGAUGGACCCUACAAUUCUGUUGUAUUCAAAGAGAAAUUUUUUCCUAUUCUUAUAAAUUAAAACAACCAGCAAAGGUUAAUGAAGCAGGAUUUAGUGAAUUCAUCAAAUUUCGGUAGAACUCGUCAGUUGAAUACUCUACAUCCACGGAUAUAUAUAGACACUCCAAACUGCGUAUAUCAAUUUGAGUGUGUUUGUGGAAGCAAAUAUAUAGGUCGUACGGAAAGGCAAUUGUCUACUCGCAUGAUGGAGCAUUUGCCAAAAUGGUUGGAAACAGCUGAGUGCAAAGUGUCAAAAUCCUCAGUAACAAAACAUCUUGUGGACUACGGACACGAUAUCGACGAUGUCAAGUCACUCACUAGUGUCAGCAAACAAAGAAACAAGAAAAUUCUUGUAAUUCGAGUUUAUAAACCAGGUCUCUGUGUACAAAAGGAGAUGGUCGUGACUCUGAAUCUACCAUGGUAAUACGUUUUACUUAUUAUUCUACCUAUUAUUAUUCUUGAUUCAUUUAAAACUAUCCUUUAUCAGUAGGAUUAUCUUAACUCACUUCAGCACUACUAUUAUUAUUGGUAUUAUAACUAUUACUAUUGAUAUUAGUCUGUUUGCAAUUCUUGUUAUAUCCCCUUAUGUCUAAUUGUUUAUCUGAGUGAUGUAAUUGAAGCGUAAUGCAAUUUAUCUUAAUUUUGAUCUCUCAUACUCUCUCCCUUUAUCUAUUUGAAUAAGGCCUGGAAAACAUUCGAACCUGUCUUUCUGCAUGAUAAAUUCAAUGUGAUCCAUUUGCUUAUCAGUCUUAUAUCUCUCAGUAUCAUUCUGAUGGUAUAUAUAUCCCUGUAUGUAGAGUAUUCA